UAUAUGCAAUAAUUCCGUGUAAUAGUUACGAAAAUCAAGUUGAAUCAGAUGAUGUUGUCACGAUUUUUAUUUUUUUAUUGUAAUUCCUCAUUGCGCCGAGGGCGGCGUUGUAAUCGCAAGUUUUGAUCACGUGACUGUUUCAACCGCCAAAAUAUUUGUCACUUUUCGCCGUAUCUUCUUUCGUCUUCAAUUAAAAACUAUUUUAUCUUGGAUUUACAUAAUAAAAACUGCUGUUGGCGUAUUAAUUAUCGAAAAAAACAAAGUCUUAAAACUUUUUUAGUUUGAAUUUCGCGAUUACACAAAUAAUUUCGAUAUGGCAAAAGUGCAUAUAACCAACGUCGUCGUGCUGGACAAUCCGAGUCCAUUUCUUAAUCCUUUCCAAUUCGAAUUGACCUUCGAAUGCAUAGAAGAACUAAAGGAGGAUUUAGAGUGGAAGAUGAUUUACGUUGGUUCCGCUGAGACUGAGGAACACGAUCAAGUAUUGGACACGAUUUACGUCGGACCGAUACCGGAGGGUAGACACAUGUUUGUCUUUCAAGCCCCACCGCCCGAUGUCACCCGAAUACCAGAAAACGACGCAUUAGGUGUCACAGUAGUGUUAUUAACGUGUUCAUACAGAGGACAAGAGUUCGUUAGAGUUGGUUACUUCAUAAAUAACGAAUACAGUGAAAGUGAACCGGAAUUAAGAGAAAAUCCACCAGCAAAGCCUCAGUUUGACAAGGUAGUGAGGAAUAUACUCGCUUCCGAGCCUCGUGUUACUCGAUUCAAGAUUAAUUGGGCUGAACCUGAUUCUGGAAUGGCACCAGAUUCCGCAGAUGCUAAUCUUGAGGCGUCUCAUGCCCCUAGUAAUGAUUCUUAUGGUGCAUCAUUUAAUGCUGAUAGUCAGAUCAGUGGUAUGGAAUUUCAAGGAAGUUUGAGUGGAUAUGGUGAUAAUUCCAAUUCAAUAGCACCAAUGGAAUGCUGAGAUUAUUAUAGUUGAUAAAAGACAUCGAUCAGCAAUAUGUUAUUGUGCAGAGAAUAUGGGUCUGAAAACUAUUGCAAGAAUACAUCUCACUUAUUAAUGAGAUUUAGUGAUUAAAGUGUUAAAAAAAAAACUUUUAUAGUGUGUCUACAUAUUGAAGAAAUAAAUGGGAUAAUAUUUCAAUAUUAAUUUAUGUGUGUUUAUAGUGUAAACUCUUUAUAACAUUAUCCUUUAUAACAAAUAACUCCCUGUAACAUUGAAGUGAGCCCAACUUGGUUGGUUUGCGUUAAAACCCACAUAUUGAAACACUCUUUAUAGCGAUAAGCCAUUCUCUAUUACGAAGAAAUAUGUUCAUAUUUGUAGACAGUAAAUA